AUGUCUUUGAAUGGGCUCGAUACUGGCCCCGUCGUCGAAGCCUACCAGGGUGCCCUGGCCGACGCGGGUGGGUGGUUACUACUGCACUAUAUUGCAAGAGAUGAAGUCACCCUCUUCGCACGAGGCACCGGUGGGGUGCCAGAAAUUCGAAAUGCCAUUGAGGGAUAUGAGGAAUCUCGGAGCAAUGUUCAAUUCCAUUCCGUUACCGAUAAGUUCACGCCAAACGACACCGUGCUCCCUCUAUCCAAAGCCUCCGAUCUCACCGAAAGUGCCUUGUCAUCAGCGUGUCUUCUUCACACGGCCUCUACCUCGAUUACCUCCUCUUCGAGCUCCCUCCGCCGCCGCCGAUUGAUGGAAAUCACGGAAGAUGCAGAGGAAAAUGGCACAAAAGAGGAGACCACCAAACCCGCGCCACCACCUCCCCAACCAGAGGCCCGUGAAAGAUCAGAGAGCAUCAGAUCGGAAGCUACCCUAGUGCCGCCAAGUGAACCUCCAGUUGAACCUCGGGUUGAACCUCGGGUUGAACUACCCCCGACAUCACCAGAAAGCGAACAAGCGUCAAUUGACUUCCAGCCACCCCCAUCACGGGCUAGCUCCAGGGCUGCGACCUCCCCAGUGAGUCCCAGUGAAUCGCAGCCGGCCGCAAUGUCCCCCAAGUCCAUGGAUUCAAGUCGUUCAAGCUCGAGAUCCAGGUACCGAAACAUCUUGGAUGAAUUUCCGCGUCCUUCAGAGGAGGCCCGGAUGUCAACACAGUCUGCCCGCCCGACCAUUCAAGAAUUGGAACGGGCCGCUGGCUUCACCCCAAAGGUCAAGCUAGGGCCUCGGCCAUCCGUAGAUAGCAGUGGAAGGCCUCGCACAUCUGGCAGUACUCGGAAUCAGGAUCAGCGACCUGUCGCGUCUCUGCCAACCAACAUGCGCUCUUCCUCCGUUCGGAGGUCAAAUGGCGAUGUCCCCCGGCCACGGUCUCAGGGGAGUACAUUUGCAACUAAACCUACUAGUCGUGUUCCGCCGGUUCCACCCCUCCUGGUCCCACCGCCGUCUAUCCCUAUUUCCAGGCCCCAGCUUUCCCCUGGAGCUAAGUCAUUAGGGGCGCUGUCAUCUUCUUCGGGCCUAACUCCCGAAAAAGAACGUUUGAUGAAAGCUUUACAACAGCGAAAGAAGAAUAUGGCCAAGCGCGCGGAAGAAACAAAGAAGAAGCAGGCUUCCGAGAAAGAGCAGUCCAAGCCCCAAACGCUUGUUUCCAAGGAUGAAGAGGAAAAUAAGGAAAAUAUCAUUAUUCAGUACGCGGAACCUGAAUUAGAGAUACCCAAACCAGAGACAGUUCUGCAAGAUCAACCUGAGGUUCCCUCCAUACCUUUAGGCUCCGUCGCCGAACCUGUUCCUGAGCCACUCGGCGAGCCUGCCCCUGAACCAGCCCCAAAGCCUAUUUUGGAGGCUGCUCCUGUGGCUGUUGUUGAGCCAGCUACCGAUCCCAUUGUUGAACGGGCCUCUACACCUGCCCUCGAAUCACCAUCUGAGCCUGUCUCAAACACUGAACAGGAGCAGACUGCGCAGUCUCUCGAAACACCUCAGCCAGAGCCGACCGAUGACGUUUCUCCUGCCAGCACCGAGGUUCCGCCCUCGCCACCCUCCUCGAAUCCCACUUUCGACACCCCCUCCCUGGUCGAAGGUGUCAAUGAGCCCUCAGAGACCGUCCAGGUGGAGGAAACGCAGGAGGCCCCUGAAGAUGAAACGCGCACAGAACACGAGGAACCCGCAAUUCCUGACCUUGCCCCACCCACCUUGAAUGAUGAUGUUCCACUCGCAAAUGAAUCCUCGGACGCCCCGCAAUCAGAUUCAGACGACGUCCACGGAACACAUUUCGAAAUCCCACCUGUCACACCCGUGUCCACCGAUGAGCCCUUGAAUGAAUCUGAUUCAACUGAAGCCGUCGAGUCUGUGCCCCAACCUGCCACCCCCUCCGUGACCCCGCCAGAAAGCACAGGCACUGAAAUCCAGGCUGCCCCUGUCUCCGCUCCGGUCUGCCCAAGCCCGUCAGAGGAAUCGGCGCCUGAAUACACAUCUACCCCGAAGGGCGAGGCUUUGCCUUUGGACCAAAGACGCAAAGUUCAUCUUGAGCCUAUUCAAGUGCCUACUCCAGACUAUUCCGACGACGACAAUCUUCUUUCUGACGACUCAUUCAUGGAGGAAUUGACCUCGGCCACUGUCCAAGAGGCUCGGCCGGUGUCUGUUAAGUCCCCCAACGGCGGCGAUCAAACUUGGAAGAAUUCUCGCGCGGUCUCAAGCCCCUAUUCCAUGGGGUCACCAUCAGCCGCGCAAACGCUCGCAGUGGGUCGAUCGGUAUCUAGUCCCUACUCGGAAAAUGGACCGCCUACACCAGUUCUAAUGGCAAAGAAGAUCAACGUCUCUUCUGGGAUCUCCAGCCGUAUCAAGGCUCUUGAAAAGUUUUCAAGCCGCGAGGGAACUCCCAUGAGUGCCAGUCCCGCCCCGAGCGCCCCAUCGGCUUCUUCCUCCUUCGAGAACCUGCGCAAACGCGCAUCUAUCUCUUUGCCCAGUGGCAGCGAGGAUAUCACCCCACCGGGGACCAUGCAUUCUGCCCACACCCCCGACAGCUUCAACCACCAUGAUCGCCGAGUUUCCGUUGACGCCAUGCGUCGUGCCAACUCGGUUUCCGUCACUGCUCGGAUUGUCCGUGAUGCUGAUCUCUCUCCCGGGUCAUCUGGGCUCGAGCCCUCCGAGUCCGAUGUUCUCAACCUCCAAGCUAGUCCCCUGACUGUAGAGCAUGAGACUCCAUCACCCCAGGCUUCCAAUGCCGAGCUCGCCAGCCGGGCCCAAGACCGAAGCAUGUCAAUGUCAUCCAACGGAUCCGGUCGUCAAACAACUUCUCGCCCGGGAAGUCGUCUUUCCAUCUCCUCGCGUCCUCCUACGGGAGAAACAAUGAAUUCCACUUCACCCACGUCCGAAGACAAGCGCGGGUCGCGCGCCUCCCGCCUCAUGCGCCGGGUAUCAUCGAUUACAUCCACGUCUCGUCGCAGCAUCAUCGGCGCUCUCAGCUCACCAGUCAAGGAAGAGGAGUACGCUCCAACCUUCGCAAACGGCUCCACCGACGCAGCCGGUUCAACCGACUCGCGCACUUCGGAGCCUGUUGACAUCGGCGAGGUGAAUGUUCAGUUCCCCGAAACACUCCUUUGGAAGCGCCGGGUCAUGCGCAUUGACGAAAGUGGAUACGUGGUGCUCACUCCGGGUACCAACGAUGCCACUGCUCGAAACAUGACCAAGCGCUACCAUCUCACUGAAUUCCGCACACCUUGUCUGCCCGACGAGGACAUGCAAGAAUUGCCGAACAGCAUCUUGCUGGACUUUUUGGACGGAAAUACGCUCCAGUGUGCUUGUGAAUCUCGACAAGGCCAGGCCUCUGCUCUGCAUGCUCUGAUUGAAGCACACAGUGCCCACAAGAAAUAA